CUGCUCCCCGCCGACGCUCCACGGGAGGCCGGGGCACUCCGGAGCGCCCCCCGAAGAAGGUGACUUCAAGACUGAAGUUACCUGGCUGAGCAGUGCUGGAAUGGCGGCUUUAUCUACCUGAUCAUGCUGCGUCGCUUCAAGCACAAAGUCCAUUCUCCUUAUAAUGGCAACAGUAGCAACAGCUCUGAACCAGGAGAGGCGCCGACCUUGGAGCUGGGUGACCGAACUGUGAAAAAGGGGAAAAGAGCAAGAAAGUUUGGGGUCAUUUCCAGGCCUUCUACACACAAGGCCACUGAGGAAUCCAAGAACAACACUGGCUGUGAGUUGGACAAUGACUCCAUCUCUGAGCUAGACAAUGGCCCAGACCCUGAACUUGGAAAUGGUCAUGCCUUCGAACUAGAAAAUGGCCCAGAUUCUGUCAAGGAGGUGGCUGGCACCCAUCUAGACAAGUCAGAAGUGGACAAAGAGACAGAGCAUAGAGUUCCAAAGACAGAUGCUCUUCUGCCCACAGGCAAUGAUAAACGCCGCUUCUCAAAAUCUGGGAAGACAGACUUUCAAUCAAGUGACUGCCUAGCACGGGAGGAAGUUGGCCGGAUAUGGAAGAUGGAGCUGCUGAAAGAGUCGGAUGGGCUGGGAAUUCAGGUUAGUGGAGGCCGAGGAUCAAAGCGCUCACCUCACGCUAUCGUUGUCACUCAAGUGAAGGAAGGAGGUGCUGCUCACAGGGAUGGCAGACUGUCCUUAGGAGAUGAGCUGCUGGUAAUCAAUGGCCACUUACUGGUGGGGCUCUCUCAUGAAGAAGCUGUGGCCAUUCUUCGCUCAGCUACUGGGAUGGUUCAGCUGGUCGUGGCCAGCAAGGAAACCUCUGCAGAGGACCUACUGAGGUUAACAUCUAAGAGUCUGCCUGACCUGACCAGCUCAGUAGAGGACGUGUCCUCUUGGACCGACAACGAAGAACAGGAGCCAGAGGGGGACGAGGACGAAGGAACCGGCUCGUCCGCCAUCCAGGGAGCAAUCCCUCGGGCAGAUGAACCCCAAGAUUCGUGUGGCUCUGAGGAUUCCAAAGGAAGCCUGGAAAGUCCCAAACAGGGCAGCAGUAAAAUGAAGCUCAAGAGUCGUCUUUCAGGGGGUGUACACCGUCUAGAGUCUGUUGAAGAAUAUAAUGAGCUGAUGGUGCGAAAUGGGGACCCCCGGGCCAGGAUGUUGGAGGUCUCCCGAGACGGCAGAAAGCACUCUCUUCCCCAGCUACUGGACUCGAGCACAGCACAGGAAUACCACAUCGUGAAGAAGUCCACCCGCUCCCUAAGCACCACGCAGGUGGAGUCUCCAUGGAGACUCAUUCGGCCGUCGGUCAUCUCUAUCAUCGGACUGUACAAAGAAAAAGGCAAGGGCCUUGGUUUUAGCAUUGCUGGUGGUCGAGACUGCAUCCGAGGACAGAUGGGGAUUUUUGUCAAGACCAUUUUCCCAAAUGGAUCAGCUGCAGAGGAUGGAAGACUUAAAGAAGGGGAUGAAAUCCUAGAUGUAAAUGGAAUACCAAUAAAGGGCUUGACGUUUCAAGAAGCUAUUCAUACUUUUAAGCAAAUCCGGAGUGGAUUAUUUGUCUUAACGGUACGCACGAAGUUACUGAGCCCGAGCCUCACACCCUGUUCGACACCCACACACAUGAGCAGAUCCAGCUCCCCAAACUUCAAUGCCAGCGGGGGAACCUCAGCAGUAGGCUCAGAUGAAAGCAGUUCUUCCUCUCUGGGUCGGAAGGCCCCUGGGCCCAAGGAUAGAAUUGUCAUGGAAGUAACGCUCAACAAAGAGCCCAGAGUUGGCUUGGGCAUUGGUGCCUGCUGCCUCGCCCUGGAAAACAGCCCUCCGGGCAUCUACAUUCACAGCCUUGCCCCAGGGUCAGUGGCCAAGAUGGAGAGCAAUCUGAGCCGUGGAGAUCAAAUCCUGGAAGUGAACUCCGUUAACGUUCGCCAUGCUGCUUUAAGCAAAGUCCACGCCAUCUUGAGCAAAUGCCCCCCAGGACCCGUUCGUCUUGUCAUCGGUCGGCACCCCAAUCCAAAGGUUUCUGAGCAGGAAAUGGAUGAAGUGAUAGCACGCAGCACUUACCAGGAGAGCAAAGAAGCCAACUCCUCUCCUGGCUUAGGUACCCCCUUGAAGAGUCCCUCUCUUGGAAAAAAGGACUCCCUGAUCUCCGAGUCUGAACUCUCCCAGUACUUUGUCCAAGAUGUCCCAGGCCCCUUGACGGAUUUCGUGGUGGCAGGCUCCGAGGACGAGGAUCACACGGGAAGUGGCUGCAGCACGUCCGAGGACGGCAGCCUGCCGCCCAGCGCCUCCACUCACAAGGAACCAGGAAAAGCCAGAGCCAACAGCCUUGUGUCUCUGGGAAGCCAGCGGGGCUCUGGGCUCUUCCACAAGCAAGUGACAGUUGCCAGACAAACCAGUCUCCCUGGAAGCCCACAGGUCCUCCGAAACCCUCUCCUCCGCCAGAGGAGAGUGGGCUGCUAUGAUGGCGACGAUGCCAGCGAUGAAGAAGAGUUCGAUGGCGAAGGGGACUGUGUUUCCCUCCCAGGGACCCUCCCGGGUCCCAGCAGGCCUCUGACAGAGGACAACUCUAGGCCUAUCUUAACGACUUCUAUCAAGGUCAUGGGUAUGAAUAACCAAGAGGCACAUCCCCAGAAAACACUGGUCAGCAAGGCCUCCUCAGUGCCUCUCCUUGGCAGCUCAUUGGACUUGGAGGAGACUGUUCUAAGGGGCGUGGGGAACACUCCUUCCCAUGCAGCUAACCUGCUGGCCUCUGCAGAGGCCCACAAGGGUGGCUCUGGCUGCUUGGGGAGGAAGGAACUAUCAGGAUCAAGGAGUUCACCCAAACUGGAAUAUAAAUAUGGUACUCAAAGCCUGGUGAGCACAGACAGCCCCAGGUCCCCCCAGCAGAAGAAUGAAAGCCUAGGGUCUAGGCACAAACCAGUGGCCAGGGUCAGCCCACACUGCAAGAGGCCGGAGGCUGAGGCCAGGCCCAGUGGCUCAGAGAGAGUAAACCCGACUGAUGGAGCUAAUGACUCAUGCGGUCUGGACUCUAAAAUCCAGGCCACUUCAGUCCAAGUGACCGUGACUGAUUUUCAGCCAGAUGGAACUGUGGAGAAGGAAUCUCUGGGAAAGCUGACCACUGGUGACGGGCCCCACCCAGGUCCUGGCCACCUCACAGAGAACCGGUCCGAAGCUGCACUGGACCGGGGGCAACAACCCAGGACAGGACUGGACGGUUCCCAAGACCUCAUUCCUUCCCCAAGGCAGAAAGGGACAGCUUACCCUGACCCCAGCGAGACCUCAGUAGACACAGGGCAAGCGAAGCAGCCUGAGGACCCUGGAGAGCCAGCGUUACCCAGGGUCCCCAAGUGUGAGGACAGAAGUCAUGUCGGCCUCUCCCGGGAGCACAGCAUAACCCCAGGGAAGAUGGCAAUCGCUCAUCCGGAGCUCAGCACAACUCGAGCAGCCCCAGAAGCCAGCUCCUGUGACACCCCCAGCAAGGCCGCUGUCCUCUCACGAGACCCCCUCCUAGCCCAGGAGGAGAGACAAGGAGUUCCAGGUGAUGACAGCAAAGCUCAGCACCCAACAGGCCUCCUCAUAGCUGAAAACUCCCAAGAGCCUGCUCUGCUCAAGGGAACAGACUCUGGGUCCGAGAUGGCACCGCGGGCCAGCCCGUCCCUGCUGUCACCCAUUGACAAGGCCAAACAGGUGGCGUGUGGCGGUGUCUCAGGGCACUGCUGCUCCGGGGAAGGUGGAGUGGGCCCUGUGACUGACAUCGACGGACUCAUCAAGGAACUGGAUGCUUCUGAAGCAAGCCUGCCGUCUCUUCAGACAGGAGACCGGGCAAGUCAAGAGGGCAGUUCUUGGGGUCAGCUUCCAAUGGGAGCUGGAGGUGGAAGUUCCCGCAGCACCGAACCCGUCACGGAGAACCAGACCCCCACCCCGAGGAGGGCCUGGGCUGCUGGCCCUCCCCCGCCCCCACAGUGGACCUCCCAGCCUUCAGUUUUAGAUUCAAUUAAUCCUGACAAACAUUUUACUGUGAACAAAAACUUUUUGAGCAACUACUCUAGAAAUUUUAGCAGUUUUCACGAAGACAGUACAUCCCUGUCAGGCCUGGGUGACAGCACAGAGCCGUCUCUCUCAUCCAUGUACGGUGAUGCCGAGGACUCGUCUUCUGACCCCGAGUCACUCACUGAAGCCCCACGAGCUUCUGCCAGGGACAACUGGUCACCUCCUCGUUCUCAUGGUUCUUCUCACAAGCAAGAAACUUCGGAGUCUGAGGAGGAGCAAGUUGAAAUUUGUUCCGCAGACGGUUCCGCCAAUCCACCCUCGACAGCUGCUCAUGUGCAGGGCCAGGCCACGCCCUGCCCUGCGCUGGCCAGAGGUCCGCCACCAAGGCACAGUGCUCGGAGUGAAGCGGCAAGAAGUCCCUGUGCCAGAGGCUCCUUCAUGCCAGGAGCCUCGUGCCCUUCCAUCCCAAGCCCCUCCCAGCCACUCUCCCUCUUGGAUAUAAGGUCUCACGGGCAUGAACCGCACACGGACCUAAGGACCACACAGAACCACAGGCCCUCGUGGGAAGAAGCAGCUACGGAAGCCACCAGCGCUAGCUCAGCUGUGGACAACGGCCAGCCUUCUAGAGUCACCAGGCAUUUUCACGACCCCCCGGUCACUGUCAGCAAUCCUAACCUGGUAAAUGGUUUGGAACAUGCCUUGUUGGAUGGUGACACCCCAAAUAAAAAACAAGAAACAAAUGUGAACACAACGGAAAAUCAGUCCUCCCUAAGUGUGGGUGCCCCUAAGGGGGACACUGUUUUGGCAAACUUGCACAUCUCCACGAGUCAAGACCUGGAUGAUUUGCUACGAAAACCAAAAAUGACCUCCAGGAGGCCCAUCAUGGCCUGGUUUAAAGAAAUCAAUAAAAGUAACCAAGGUACGCCUUUGCAGAGCAGAACUGAGAAGGGACAACCCGUGCUGCCCACCAGAAGCCUUGACUCCAAGUGUCAGGUGUUGAGCACAAGCCACAAAAAGGGGGUUGCUGUGCCUAACAGCCCCCCUCAGCUGAAACUGAAUCUUGAAAAUAAAGAUCCGCCUAAAAAGAGUCCAGUGGAAACACUUUUAAGUAACUGUCAGAAACCCAAAUCCGGUGCUAAGCUGAAGAGACUGAGCAUCAAAAGCAAAAGUAAAGGCAGCUCCGAGGCCCUUGCCGCCAAUAUGCCUAAGGCGGGCGGGGCAGACCACAGGAAAUCCCUCGUUUCGCCCCAGACCUCCCACAAAGUGCUUCCUAAGGGAGCGUCACACCGGCUCCACAUAGCUGACCAUGAAGACCCCGACAAAAACGCCACAGCCGCCAUCAAGCCUCCCCAGUGUGUGCUGGAGAGCAAGCCACCCCCUGCAGCCUCAGGGUCCCUGAGGCUGUCAGCAUCAGACACGAGCCUCAGACCGUUCAUUCCGCCCCUGACGUCCCCCAAGACUCUUCCUGAGCAAGGUGCAGGUAGUAGGUUCCAGACGGCUGUCCACUCCGAAUCCGACAGAGGAUGCUCGGCCACCCCCAGAUCUCCCAAAUGUGAACCAGAGAGCAAGGCGUCCCCCACGGCCUCAGGGACAGGUCCCACAGCCUCCAAGAGUAGCCUGUCCAUAGCAGUGGACAAACAGGAGCUCCCGUCUCCCGGGCAAGGCCAGAAGCAGGCCAGCCAAACAGAGUUGGUCCCAGAAGCAGCCCCAUCAGGGGUGACUGGUGACAGAGGAAGCAAAACAAUUGCUAGCGAUCCCCUAGAAAGAAUAAACCAGCUGAAAAUAGUUGAAAUUCCUUCUGAAAGAAUGCCAAAGAAUGCAAGUGGUGACAAGCCAGCUGAAAGUGACAGACAGGGAGGGUUCUUGGCCCAGGGCAACUGUCAGGAGAAGAGUGAAAUCAGACCCUGUCACCAGCCGGUGGAAUCGUCCUCAUAUCAUCCGUCCUCGUUCACGUCUUGUGCCUCCCAGGUGGAGCCAGAAAUGCAGCGAUCUCUCAGCGUGGCUAAACUGGCCUCUUCCUCCUCCUCCCCCCAGCUGCCGGCCAGAAAGGCAGAUGCCUCCCUGGGAAGGUCGAGCCAGAUGUCAGACUCCCCAGGGACACCCAGGAACAGCACACCAGCGGCCCCAGUGCUGGACGACCAUUCCUAUUUCACGCCAAGGCCAGCGACCAGGACCUACUCCAUGCCAGCCCAGUUCUCCAGCCAUUUUGGACGGGAGGGGCCUACCCUACACAGCCCCGGUCGCUCUCAUCGAGACAGCCAGAUGCCUGCGACAAGCGGUGGCCUCCCUGAAGCCAAGGCGUCCAGAGGCAGCGCUCUCGGCCUGGUCAAUGGACCGGGUGUGUACAGCGUGAAGCCCCUGCUGGAGACGGUGAGGAACCUUCCAAUGACAGACGAAGGGGAUGUCCUUUCCGAGCAGGAAACACGCUGCCUCGUCACAGACAAAAUCAGAGUUACCAGGAGACAUUACUACUCUGAGCAGAACUGGCCCCAUGAAUCUACCUCAUUUUUCUCUGUGAAGCAGAGAAUCAAAUCCUUUGAGAACCUGGCCAAUUCUGACCGGCCUGUGGGCAAGUCCGGGGCUUCGCCCUUUUUGUCUGUGAGCUCCAAGCCUCCCAUUGGGCGACGGUCGUCGGGCAGCGUGGCUUCGGGGAGCCUCAGCCAUCUGGGCGACCCCACAGCAAGGUCUCUGAGACGCAGCCUGAGUUCCUGCAGUGAAAGCCAAAGUGAAGCCACCACCCUCAUCCCCCAGAUGACCAAGUCCCCAUCCAGCAUGAUGCUAACGGUCUCCCGGCAAAAUCUGGUGGAGGCCACCAACAAGGGCCCUGCUCCAGACCCAAAGAAAACACUUGGACCUUCCGGAAUCCCCACCCCAGUGGUGACCCCGGCCUCUCCCAUCAAGAAGAACAAGUCCUCCGUGCGCCACACGCAGCCCUCGCCCCUGUCCCGCUCUAAGCUCCAGGAACUGCGAGCCUUGAGUAUGCCCGACCUCGACAAACUCCACGGCGAGGACUUCUCAGCAGAGCCGACAGCCGUACUCUUCAAAACCGAGCUGGAAAUCGUGCCCAGGAGGUCACUUGGCUCCCCUGCUAGAAGCCUCAAUGGGUCCCCUGCCUUUUCGUGUCCCAUGAAGGGGGCAGACAGGGCCUGUCCAGGGGGAAGCAGACCUAAAGCCAGUGAGCCUGGAGCGGCCAGUUCAGCCAACGAUGUGGGUGAAACCACCCAGGAUCUGCCUUCCAGAAAAAGCUGGUCAGUUAACUUGGAUCAGCUUCUAGUCUCGGCGGGGGACCAGCAGAGGUUGCAGUCAGUUUUGUCAUCGGUGGGGUCAAAAUGUACCGUCCUCACUCUCAUUCAGGAAGCGGAAGCACAAUCAGAGAAUAAAGAUGUUUGCUUCACAGUCUUGACUAAAAAAGAAGGCUCAGGUCUGGGAUUCAGUGUGGCAGGAGGGACAGAUGUGGAGCCAAAAUCAAUUGUGGUCCACAGGGUGUUUUCUCAGGGGGCAGCUUCUCAGGAAGGGACCGUGAGCCGAGGGGAUGUCCUUCUGUCGGUCAAUGGCGUCCCAUUGGCUGGCCUUGCCCAUGGGGAUGUCCUGAAGGUCCUGCACCAGGCACAGCUGCACAAAGAUGUCCUCAUGGUCAUUAGGAGAGGAGGUGACCAGCCCAGGCCUUCCUCCAGGCAGGAGCCGCCCAUAGACGAAAGGAAGAGCUCGCUGUCCAAAAGGGCCAUUCCCCCGGAGCCUGGAAUGGGGAGAGGCAUGGCUGUAGCACCAGACGCUCUGUGUGUUGAAGUGCUGAAGACCUCAGCUGGGCUGGGCCUGAGUCUGGAUGGAGGAAAGUCCUCUAUGGCCGGAGACGGGCCCCUGUUUGUUAAGAGAGUGUACAAAGGUGGUGCAGCUGAACAAGCAGGAACGAUAGAAGCUGGAGAUGAAAUUCUAGCCAUUAAUGGGAAACCCCUGGUUGGGCUCAUGCACUUUGACGCCUGGAAUAUUAUGAAGUCUGUUCCGGAAGGACCUGUGCAGUUAGUAAUUAGAAAGCAUAGGAAUUCUUCAUGAAACAAGCGCUAGUAAGGAUACUCACAUUUUUAAAAAUAAGAAUCUCCUGUUCUCAGUUCUCUUCUUGCUUUAGCAAAUC